AUGGAGAAUAGAGGAGAAGGUAGUGCGCGGGGAGAAGCAUCGGGAGGCGCACGGUCAGAGACAGCAGGAGACGCCGCGGUAGGCGGUCUUGGGGGCAUGAUUCCUUUAAUACCCUCUUUUGCAGGGGACGUUGAUGGCCUUCGGGUCACCGAUUUUUUCGAAUCUCUGGAUGAAAUAGCUAAAUUAACAAAUUGGUCUAAAGCACAAUGCUUAGGUGUUGCAAAAUUAAAAUUAACGGGAAUAGCCCGGGAUUUCGCAUGGAAGGAUGCGAAGAUGAAGGAGGUAAUGACAUAUGAGGAAUUUAAAAAACUCAUGAUUAAACGAUUUGAUAGAGAACCAAUUUCGUUACGAUUACAAAAAUUUCACGCUUGUGUGCAAGCGCGAGAUGAGGACGUGCAGACUUAUGCUGUCCGACUGCAAACCUUAGUAGUAGAAACUAUUGAGGAACAACCCGGGGAUAAGGCACAAGAAGAAGAGGUGGUUAAAAGGUGCCAACAAAAAGAACGAGAUAAAUGCUUGUUAGUACAGUUUUUGAGUGGAAUUAAUGAUCGAAUAAAACGACAAGUGAUGUCAAAAGAACCUGAUACUUUCGAUAAAGCGGUGUGAAUAGCAAUUAGUGAGGAAACCAUAGAUCAAUUAACGUCAAAAUCACGAGCGAUUGUAAGAGGUAUCAAUAACCCUGACGAUAAGAAUGCGGAACAAGAUGUACCCAAUCAUAAUCGAUUAGAAGAAACUUUAGCGAAAAUUCAGGAACAAUUAAAACGAUUAGAUACCCACGAAUGGGAUCGGGGAAAUCCUCGACGUCCAUCCCCACGAUUUUGGUGUCCUCGGGAAUAUUCACAAUAUCAAUUACCAUAUCAAUCAUCAGAAAGGCGAGGCGACCCCCGAGGACCCCGGGAUACAUCAUUUUUUUAUAGAACGAGGAACAUAUCUAAUACAUCUAGGGGACAAAGAAACGAGCAAGAGCGACCAAAUUCUUCACUGCCUAGGAGACAGGCAUAUGGUCGAAUUAAUAAAGUAAAUUGGUAUAGGCUUAGAAGGGGCCCUAUCCGAGGGAAUGCGAAUCUCAUCUACAUACCCCA